GGUGUCAUAGAGACGGUGGUGAGGGUGGUUCCAGAGGGUUGAAAAAGAAAUAAGACAGGAAAAGCUUUGGCCAGUUUCCUCGCGCACCAGGCCGCCGCGAGGUGCGCGUGUAACAUAGUGUGGAAUAAAAACGAGCGUGCAGCGUCGUUUUAUUUUUUCGAUAAUCAUCAUGCGACGGCGUUAUGUUCACGACUUUCCUUUAAACUCUGUCAUCAGUUACGACGAUACUUGAUCGCGGGCUAAGGAAGCAUAAACGAGAUAGAUAUUCGUCGUUAGUAAACUAAAUUUUCACAACGACGACGACGACGACGACGACGACGACGACGACGACAACGACAACGACUAACCAUCCCCCACCCACCUUCAUCCCAUCACCCCUCGUGUGUGAUAUGGUGACCCUGCAUUCUUCCAAAAUGGAGGAUCAUCCAGUUGGCAUUUCUCCUUCCUUAAGAACAUUUACCUAAGGAUGACACGAUGAGAGGAAAACCAUACGAUUAUUCUAAGCAGAAAUACGCUAACACGAUAAAGCGCGGAAAAAGAUCGGGAGGGGUCACAACUGUUGGUGCGGCGAGGUCAGGUCGCGGUACUCUACAGAGGACACUCGUCCUCGUAUUUCUGGCGACAUUUCUCUGGCUGCAGAUUCAUGUGAUCAAUUUAACCAGCAGGGAUACGUCUGGACAGUCUUCGGCUAACGAGACGCUCUUUGCACUGGUCCCUCAGGAACUCCACAGGUUCCUGAAAGAGCGGCAUAAUGUGUCUUCGACGUCGAGCAAUGCAACUGCUGGCACGCUAACGGAUCUCGAAAUCGAGGAUAUACGUCGUAACAUCGAUCGUAUAAAUUCCGAGCAAAAGGUUUACAACGAGGAAGCGUUUGGUCCACUUGCCGCGGAUGCACCUAUCAUCGUCGUACAAGUUCACGUUAGGCUGACCUACUUGAGACACCUGAUCGUCUCUCUAGCGCAAGCAAGGGGCAUCGAACAGGCUCUUCUUGUUUUUAGCCAUGAUGUAUGGAACCCGGACAUCAACUACUUGGUUCAAAGCGUCGACUUUUGUCGUGUCAUGCAAAUAUUUUAUCCCCAUAGCAUACAAACGCAUCCAAAAACAUUUCCAGGCGAGGAUCCAAAUGAUUGUCCGAGAAACAUUCACAAGGAAGAAGCCUUGUAUUUGAAAUGUAUCAACGCGAAACAUCCGGAUCUUUAUGGACAUUAUCGCGAGGCCAAGUUUACACAAACUAAACAUCAUUGGUGGUGGAAGGCUAAUAAGGUCUUCGAUCAGUUAACAAUAACGAAGAAUCAUACUGGUAUGGUACUAUUUCUCGAAGAGGAUCAUUACGUUGCCGAGGACUUUCUUCAUGUAUUGAGACUUAUGGAACGUACCUGCAAGCACAGCUGCGAACGUUGCAACGUCCUAUCGUUGGGUACAUACCUCAAGACCUACAACUAUUUCGCUGACUUCAGUCGUAAAUUCCUUGGCGUAAACGGCGCCUUACAAAAGGAACUUCUACGUGGAUUAAAGAAGCACGAGUCACCAGGCCUGCAGAAUGUUCUGAGCAGCAGCAGCAGCAGUAGCAGCAGCAGCAGCAGCAGCAGCAGCAGCAAAAGCAGCAGCAGCAGCAGCAGCAGUAUCAACAGCAACGCUAACAACGUUGCUGGUCUCAACGUCGUUGGAACCGAAAACGUUGCUGGAUUAUCGACCUAUCAGAGCUCACAGACGAUCCAAGCUGCACCUUCUUGGGCAUUCCAGCUCUUACCAACCCUCUACACUCACUAUCAGAAGGCCGAGGUAAUACCCUGGAUAUCGAGUAAACACAAUAUGGGUAUGGCGUUCAAUCGUAUAACGUGGAACAAACUGAGGAAGUGUGCCGUACAAUUUUGCUCCUACGACGAUUACAAUUGGGAUUGGAGUCUACAACAUAUAGCACAGACAUGUUUGCCACCUAGUAAAGGAGCUGGUGCAGCACCCCGUGUUGAUUCCGGCCUUAUUACCAUGAUGAUGAGAGCACCCAGAGUCUUUCACAUCGGCGAAUGCGGUGUACACCACAAGAAGAAUAAUUGCGAGUCGACCGCAGUUAUAGCGAAAGUUCAAAAUGUUUUGAGAGCUGCGAGAGACCAUCUCUUUCCGUCGCAAUUAACCUUAACGGUUGCUGGUAUGGCCAAGAAGACUAAAUUGAGAAAAGGUAAUGGCGGAUGGGGAGAUGUUAGGGAUCAUCAGCUUUGUUGGAACAUAACGAUGUAUCCGGACCUUGUCCUGCCUUAAAACAAAAAACAAAAAACAGAAAAAAGAAGAAGGAGAAGAAGAAACUAAGGGGAGGGAGAAAAAAAACAAAAAGGAACAACUGCGUCCGAAGAAAAUGAAGAAUAUCGCAAAAAGAGAAAAUUAUCACAAACAGACAACGUUAAUACUUAAAAGGAACAAGUUUUUACGCCCACUGUACUUACUGAUUCUUAGCGUUUUCCAAUAUUUCUCAUCAACACGAAUAUCGUUUCCCAUUGUAAUAUGAAUGAAUGAUCGAUUGAUUUAACGUGUUGAUCGAGAAAAGACUCUCUAUCGGUACGAACUCGAUUCGUUCGUUAUCGAGCUUUUAAUAUGUGUCUUUCAAAUCGUGAUCUCUGGAAUGAGAUAAUAUGUCUCUCUGACAUAUAUCAUCAGUGUAUAUCUGCAAAUGAUAAUAAUGAAUUUAUAUAUAUAUAUAUAUAUAUAUAUAUAUAUAAUGUGCAAAAGAGACCUAAAUAAAUGCUCUCUUUCGUUCGCACACGAAUAUCAUAAACGCGUGUUUAUUACUCACAUGAGAUUAAUCCUAUUACGUUUAGAACUUGUUGAGUGUUAAUAAAUCCUUCCUCUCUAAUUUGAGAUACACUACGUUGUUGAAUAUAUAUAUAUAUAUAUAUAUAUAUAUAUAUAUAUCACUGUGAGAGAAUCGUGAAUAAAAGGAAAAAAGGAAAAAAAAGGAAAAGAAAAAAAAAGAAAAAUAACAUAACGCGCGCGUAAUGGUCCAAAGAUAUACACCAUUAUUGAAUUCUUUCCAUUUUUCGUGUUCGUUCGUUCUUUUUUUCUUUUCUUCUUCUUUUUCUUUUUUUCAAUCACGACACACUUGUUAUAAUAGUUAUGUAAGAAGAAGAAAAAAAAAAAAGAGAGAGAGAGAAAGAAAACGAAGGAAAAAAAUAAUAAUAAUUCACAGCGAAUUUAUAAAUGAUUAAUCGUUGUUUGACGUCUAUCAACACCAUGUACGUUCCUAUUUUUGAUCGAUUAUAGUUUAAUACAAUCCUGUGAAAUUUUUCAAGAAAUUAUGUAUGCAUUCGCGUGAAUAAUAUUUCUUCAGAUCGAAGAAAUGUAAUGAGUUAUGGUCAUCGUACAACGAGAGAAAGAGAGAGAGAGAGAAAAAGAGAGAUCUCGGCGUUCGAUUUUUUUUCCUUUCGAAUUAAAACACUGGCCGAAGUUUGUCCCGAAAUACGCACAUCGUACUCUAGUCAUAAGGGUUGGGCAAUAUUUAAUUCAAUUAACGAUUAACUAUCUAAGAUUUUAUUUUAUAUCGAUGUUAUUUCGUAUAACAGAAAUAAAUUAAUUAUUUGGAUCAUUGGUUGGAUUCAAUGAUUGAUCAUUAAAGUAUUUUUUAUUGAAUGAAA